CAACCCUAAAAACAGCAGCAACGUUGAAAAAGUGUAAUUUUCUUGUAAAUUAGCAAAAUUGCGCGAAAAAUGUCCACAGAGGAUUUCUAUUUACGUUAUUAUGUUGGCCACAAAGGCAAGUUUGGUCACGAAUUUCUGGAAUUUGAGUUCAGACCGGACGGCAAGCUGCGCUACGCUAACAACUCGAACUACAAAAACGACACGAUGAUCCGCAAGGAAGCAUUUGUACACCAGUCGGUCAUGGAGGAGCUAAAACGCAUUAUACUUGACUCAGAAAUCAUGCAAGAAGAUGAUUUACCGUGGCCACCACCAGAUCGCGUGGGACGUCAGGAGUUAGAAAUCGUGAUUGGCGAUGAGCACAUCUCUUUUACUACCUCAAAAACGGGAUCAUUGGUGGAUGUAAAUCGCUCGAAGGAUCCGGAGGGCCUGCGUUGCUUCUAUUACUUGGUGCAGGAUCUUAAGUGUUUGGUGUUCUCGCUAAUCGGUCUGCACUUUAAGAUUAAGCCCAUAUAACAUGGCAUUAUGGCAAUGCUGCCAAGCCCCAUCCCAAUCUAACUCAUCUUGUAUUUUAAACAUAAGCUUGCAUUUUGUCAAGUUAAAUUAAUAUUUUGUACUUAGGGUACAUCAAAUAGAGUUUUUGUAAAUUUUGAGAUUUAACUGUUAAGUAAGUGGAAUC